AUGGCGCUUGGUGACACCCUUAUGGCCCUGGCAGCCUUCUCGGUUGCUGAGGGAUAUUUCCUGCAACGCGCUGCUUUCCCUGAUGAGACCUUUCGAACUGUCUGUCUCGGGGCUCUGGGCGUGAACAUCUUACUCCGCGCCAUCUGGGGCAUGAUCAUCUGGCCGUUCUUCUUCAACCCGCUGCGACAUCUACCACGGGUUCCGGGCUUAAUGAACCAUGCUGCCAUUAUCUUCGAUUCUCCGCGUGGCCGUCUGCCGCUGCAAUGGAUGAAGACUAUCCCCAAUGAUGGUCUUAUUCACAUGCGUGACACCAUCAGCCAGAGCUAUCUACUGCCAACCAACCACCAGGCCCUGCUGGACAUCAUGAGUACCAACACGUAUGACUUUGAGAAGCCGUGGCGUGCGCGCAACUUCCUGGCUCGUAUCCUCGGAUUUGGCCUAAUCCUAUCCGAGGGUGCAGCGCACAGGAAACAGCGCAAAGCACUCACUCCAGCGUUUAAUAUCAAAAACAUCCGCGCCAUGUACACACUGAUGUGGGACAAGACCAACCAGCUCCUAGUCGAAUUGGAGAAGGAGAUACAUGCCUGUCCGAUGGAGGGCACCAAUCCAGCCGAUGGCGUCGGCAAGAUCGAGAUGGGCGUUUGGGGUAGCCGCUUGACGCUGGAUAUCAUCGGCCCUGCGGCGAUGGGCCGUGAUUUCCGCUCGCUGCAGAACCCUGAUAACAAGGUGGCCGACAGCUUCCUGGCCAUCCUUGAGCCCACCAGGGAGAAGAUGGCUUUCUUGGCUAUGAACUUCACAUUGCCACAGUGGAUCGCUCAGCGCGUGCCUUGGCGCUUGAACGAUGUGGUUGCCAAUGAGACGGGCUUCCUGCGGGAUAUGUGCAAUGAUAUUGUGCGCGAGAAACGCGGUUCUCUCAAGGCUACCAAUGCAUCUGCCAAGGAUUUGGAAACCGAUAUUCUCGGCACAAUGAUGCUGGGCGGCGACUUCUCUGAUACUGAGCUGGUUGACCAGAUGCUGACCUUCUUGGCAGCAGGUCAUGAGACGACUGCAAGCGCCCUCACCUGGGCCUGUUACCUCCUGACACUCUACCCAGAGACACAGGAGAAGCUGCGUGCCGAAAUCCGGGCCAAUAUUCCGUCUGCGGACAGCCAAAUCACAUACAGUGAUCUGGAAUCGCUGCCCUUGCUAAAUGGCGUAUGCCAGGAAGUCCUUCGUCUAUAUCCCACGGUUCCAGCAACGCUCCGCGAAUCUAUACGCGACACAACAGUGGCAGGCAAGCACGUACCACGAGGAACACGAGUCGUGCUCUGUCCCUAUGCAAUCAACCGUUGCCCGGAAUUCUGGGGCACCAACGGCGAAGAUUUCGUGCCAGAGCGAUGGAUUGACACCGACAAGACCGGCGCGCUCGUCGUCAACCAUACAGGCGGCGCAUCCACCAAUUUCGCGCAGAUUACGUUUCUGCAUGGCCAGCGCUCCUGUAUCGGCAAGGAUUUUGCGCGCGCCGAACUGCGCUGCGCUGUGGCGGGUGUCGUUGGUCGGUUUGCGUUUGAGAUGCAGGAUCCGAAGCAGGAGAUUCAUAUUGCAGGCGCUGUUACUACUAAGCCUGUUGAGGGGAUGCAUUUGCGGAUGCGGAGGGUGGAAGGGUGGUAG